CCGUACUUGUGUCUCUUCUAAAUUCUUCCUCCUUCCUGUCCGUCCGUUGCCCUCGUUACCGCUGCUGCCGUUACACCAGCCGUGAGCACGAUGAGUGGACCAAACGGCAAAAAGGACUCUGUUGGGACGGGAGGUGUGAUGGAGUGGAUCAGCUCGGCUUGUCGGUUUGCAACAGACAGAAACGACUUCAGAAGGAAUCUUCUGGUCAACUUGGGUUUGUUUGCAGCCGGUGUUUGGGUUGCGAGAAAUCUCUCUGAUUUUGACCUGAUGUCUCCUCAGCCAGUGACAUAACCUGGUUCAAACCAGGAUGACGGUGUCUUGGACCAACAACGAAGAAACAAGGGACACGAAUAAAAUAAUCAUGAAACUUUUAUAUUACUAGUUUGAAAACAAAUCAUCUUGUUGACCUGAAUUCACUUUCCUGUAGAAAUGUUUGUUUUCAUGUCAUUGUAGGAGGCCUGAAAACAAGUUAUUACAUUCAA